AUGCCAGGAUCACCAUCGUCAUCAUCGUCAAAUAGCCCAUAUGUCAAAGUUCUCAAUGAAAAACUUUCCAUAUCCUUGCAGUAUUUAGAUUGUGAAAGAUCGUGUCAGACAUGUGUGUUGACUUUCAUCAACACUGCAGACCAAGACAUUAACAUCAAUCCCACAAAACAAACAAGCAGUGGUGGUUGGUUGAGUGGUUUGUUUGGAUCAAGUCCACCAUUGGAUGAAUCCCUAAGCAAGGUGAAUGUUGAUGCAAACCUUCCGAUCGAUUUAUUUCUUGGAUAUAUACAGUUAUUUGGAUAUGUUGUCUUGAAUUACAAAUUUGAAAUUGACACAGCAUCUUUGGAGGUCAACAAGAAGUCCCAAUGGUGGAAUAACACUGAAUAUUGGAACCAAUACUUAGAAACUAACGAGAAGAAGGACGAUAGGAUUGAUGAGUACUUGAAAUUAGAUACGGUACCAUUUAUUGAAGAGAAUUACUCUGAAAAAUUCACUAUUGGCGGGAAACUAGGGGGAGUACAAGAUCUAGUAGUCAAUGACGAUAGAAUUCUUACUGAUAAUGGAUAUCUAUUGCAUGAUUUGAUUGGUAAUUUCAACUCAUAUUCGUCUUCAAAAGAGAGUCAAGCACUUCCACUACAAAGCCUAACUGACACUAUUGUACCUUUCUAUACCACACCGCAAUCAUUGUUGUUUACAGAUUUGACCAUUUCCAAAAAUUCUUCACGCAGUUUCUGUUUGAGAAUCCCUAUAAGAGAUGAUUUGCCACCAAGUUAUAACACUUGUCUGACAGGUCCAGCAUGCGAUCAAGGAUUAAUUACCAUCCGGUACUCAUUGAUAGUGAGUCUAAUUGAGGGAAACUUCUCCAAUAAAACCAAGUCUGUAUACUUUCCAUUAAAAAUGAAUUCAAAGAGGUAUGGCGGAGCACAUAGAUACUUACAAAAACGACACUUUGAUAGUUCGAUAAGGUUAGACAAGAACUGGCUAGUAGAAAUAGUGUCCGACAAAGAGGAAACAAAGCACCAAGAAAAGGACAAAUCUGAAAAAGGGUCUUUUUUGCAAGAUCUUUCCACGUUAAUUGAUUCAGAUUUGUACAAUAUGCCAAAGGUAUCAAGCAUGGAAAGAAGAAAAAGCAGUGUGAACGGAAUGUCAGAUGAAAUUAAUUCUGAAGGAUACAUUUCCCAGCUACCUGAACAUUUGAAAACACAAUUUCGUUUGCGAGUGAACAAUCAAGAACUAUGCACCAUUGGGUUAUCGAAACCUUAUUAUCAUCCAGGUGAAGAUUUAAAUUAUGUUAUCAACCUAAAUCCCAAUGCAAGCAACACAACGAAAGUUAUUGGACUUAGUACCUACUUAGAGGCGCAUGAGGUAUACCAUUUACCAGAAAAUGGAAAAAAGAUUCACAAGUACAAGAUUACAGGUAAUGUCAAACUAAACACCCUUGCCCCUUCAAUUAUUAAUACCCAGUUAUCAGAAUCCUCGCCUUGCUUUCUAAAUGAUUAUCUUAACAUUCCCAAGUUUGUUACACCACAAUUUCAAAGUAGCAGGUUUCUUAAUUUGGAGUACCAUCUUGUCUUCCAAUUUAAUUUAAGUGAAGAUGAUUUGCAUGAACAAAAAGCAAACGAGGAAAAUUAUGCGACGGUAUUUGCUAAAUGUGAUCUUUACAAGAGUGAAACAAUAGCUAGUUCGUACAAGUUCACGAUCCCUGUGUAUAUUUUACAAUAA